UCCUCAUUUUUUUGUGCCACAUCUACUUCCCUCGCUUGACUGUGUUUAAGCAGGUGGGAAUUAUUCGACCAAGUGUGAAAACACUUCACACCGCAAAACCUCCCUACCUGGAGCUGACGGCGAAAGGUAUAAAACGGCGUGCUGGCGGCUCGCCACUUGUCCAUCGUCCUGGUCCUUCGGAAGUCGUCCGUCGGAACAGGAAGUCGUAAUUACUUCGUCGGAAGUCGUCGCAGGUCGUUCUGUCCCGCCACAAUGCAGGUCGAUUAUGGCUACCCGGUGCGGGUCGCCGUGACGCUCAUCUGCCUCCAGUUGAUGGCUCCUGUCAGCAGCUCUGACUGUCCCUGGGGCUGGGUGGGACCGCACCGGGGCACCUGCUACCGACUGAGCAGCUAUGAGACCACCUGGACGGAGGCCGACUCCACCGGCUGUCGGGCGCUACACGAGUACGCCCACCUGGCCUCGGUGAGGGACCUCAACAGCGUCUUCCUGUCCAAGCAGAAGUCCAUCAUUGACACCGACUACUACUGGGUGGGCCUGCGCUCCGGGGACGCGGAGUGGAACUAUAACACGGGGGACGCCCAGAUGGUGGACUUCACCAACUGGGAGGCGGUGCGUCACCAGGAGCCCAGUGGUUCCAGCUUCACCAACGACGACUGCGUCAAGGUGGUCGGUCCCGGCGCGCCGCCCGAGUUCCUGCCCGCCGGCCGCUGGCUCGACUGGGACUGCCAGGCGCGCAACGCCUUCAUCUGCUCACGGAAACGGCGACUCAACAAAAGGUGUCCACAUCUCUGGAGUGGAACUAAAACGCACUGCUACGUACUUAUCAAGCAGCAGUUGAGCUACUCCGAGGCGGAUGCGAUGUGCGCCAGCCGGCUAUCGAAGCUGGCCACUGUGGCCGACUACAGCCAGCUGCCCCCCGCGCUGGACCUGGCCGACGUGACGUUCUUCUGGGUGGGUCUGCGCUCGACUCCGGACCGGGCCGGUCGGCUGUACUGGGACGACGGCAGCCUCGUGACGGACACCCACUGGCUGCGGCUGACCUCUGACGAGCCCGACGGCGACCAGUUCGGGCCCGACCACGACUGCGUGGUGGUGAACGGCCUGCGCGCCGAGGAAAUGUACGCUGUGGGCGAGUGGGCAGACUACGACUGCUCCGGGAAGUACCGCUUCCUGUGCGCGCUAGAAACGUAUAGUUUCUCUUGAAAGUAUCGCGUCCUGGGCUGCGGCGGCUCAGCGAGCUAUUCCAUUCAGUUUGAGGGAUUAUUCUUGUUUUUGAAUCCGCUUACGAGUGCAUGUGCAAGCACGGAUGCAUCCUGUUAGCGGGUGCAACUGAUGAUUUUUUGGGUAUGGGCACGAGUUUCCGGAUGUUACCCCCCCCCAAAAAAAAAUGUGACAGUCGUGCCGAUGACGAGUCAAAUUGCUAACUUUGCAAUGAAACAAAUCUCAACAAAUCCUCUGCGAGCAGGGUGGCUUCCGUUGACCACAUGCUUAGCUGCCAUCACAAGUUACCGGAUGGCGACUGCCAUCUCCCCCUAGCCCUCCGCAAUCCGCAACCACUCCCCUCGCCCCGCCGCGCCGGCUGCCUCCGCGUGUCAGACUUCGGUUAGUGCUACCAGCGGCUCUCAAACCUUUCCGCUCAACCGCGGCUGGGACAGGUGGCGCCUUCCCUCGGAGUCGCGAUACUUUCAAGAGAGACUAUACUAGCCGACCACCGGCCGCCGGACCAUCGGGUACCGGUACCUGGAACCCCGGCCGCUGCUGAUCCUGCCCCGACACUGGCCAUGUAACUAAAUAGCUGACGGACCGACCUCAACAGCACCCGGAAGGUCCGACGCUUCAGGGGAUGUCGGCCAGCAUUCCGUUAGAAAAGGAAGUCGAUUGAAAGAAGGAUUGUUUGAAAUGAGCUUUUUGAAUCUACAAAGUACGAAGUCUA